UCUCUCUCUACUUGGCUACUAGAUCCCUGUCGCCCGUCAUCAUGUUUGGAGAUGUGAUUAACGAGGAAUGAAUCUAGGGAUAGACUACAGUCUUGAUAUUCAGGAAAUAGACUAUUCAAACCUCAUUUUAAAUACUCCUACUCUACUUAACGCUUCAUGCUGGAACGAGGAAGAUAAACCACCGGAACUCACUUCCACAGAAAGAAAAUUUGAAAAGAAAACCAAGAGUACCAGUCCAUCCCUUCCCCCUUAGACCUCCCUCACAGUCUCAAAUGAACAAAUUAACAACCCUCCCAGAAACAGAAAGAAUGGCCCCCAACCCAGGCCAAGACAUCUCCUCCAACCCACUACCUUCCCCCGAUACCUCAAGGUCCUCAACCCAUGAGAAACCCCACCGUAUCAACAAGAGACAUCCAUCUACGCGCUCAUACACCCAGAGACAGCUCGACCAGAUCGUCCACGUGCAGGCCGAGCUGCGGAAGGUGAAGGAGGAGUGUGAGGCGCUGGAAUUGUAUGUUUGUCAGUUGGAGGGGGAGAGGGACUGGUUGAGAGGGAUUCUGAGGGAGAUUCCGAAGGGGGAGUAGGUUCUGUUAUUUAUUGCUUUUUUUGGGCUGUGGAGAUGUUGUGUACUAGGAAAUAUAUCAUUGCCUCGCUGUGUAUGUUGAAAGACUUUAGUUUGAUUGUGUGGGAGGAGACUGUUGUAGGUUAAUGAUGGGUUUCCCCUCAUCAGUGGUGAAAGAGUAUUGGAAAGCAUAGUCACUGUCAUGUUUGACGAGGCAUAUCACACAGUCAGACUUAGUCAGAAACACCAUACUGUUGACCAAUGGUUCGAAGUACCGAAGAGCUGAAUAGUAUAAAUGUCCUGUCGUGCUUCUAGG